GAGUUUCUGGCUUGCAGGGAACCGCUGGGUCCAUGGCCACCUCCUCGGUGUCCAAGGGCUGCUUUGUGUUUAAGCCAAAUUUCAAGAAGAGAAAGAUCUCUGAGCCAGUAGAGGAAUAUUUUAAUAAAGGGAAAAAUGAGUCUGAGGACAGUAAGCUUCGAUAUGAAACUUAUCAGUUGAUAUGGCAGCAGAUGAAAUCUGAAACUGAGCAAUUGCAAGAGGAAUUAAAUAAAAACCUGUUUGACAGUCUAAUCAAAUUUCUGCAAAAGUCUCAUUCUGGAUUCCAGAAGAAUUCAAGAGACUGGGGCUGUCAAAUAAAACUCAGUGAAAUUCCAACUGCUGCUCUUAUUCUAGGUGUGAAUGUAACAGAUCAUGAUUUUAUAUUCAGAAGUCUAACAGAAACCCUUCAGAAUAAUGUCACUCCAUAUGUAGUCUCAUUGCAAGCUAGAGACUGUCCAGAUAUAAAACAUUUUUUGCAAAAGCUGUUCUCACAGUUGAUGGACUGCCGUGUAGAUGUGGAAUCCAAAGAGGAGGAAAAAGACAUCCAUAAAAAGACACAUUGUUCAAUGGAUUCUCUUUCCAGUUGGUAUAUGAAUGUCACACAGAAUACAGACCCAGGAAAGCCAGGGAAAAAGAGGACUUCUAGCCACUGGCACUCUCCUCCCGUUGUGCUUAUCUUAAAGAACAUGGAAAGCUUCACCACAAAAGUACUCCAAGACUUCAUAAUUAUCAGCAGUCAACAUCUACAUGAAUUUCCACUAAUACUCAUUUUUGGAAUUGCCACAUCUCCUGUUAUCAUCCAUCGGUUGCUUCCUCAUGCAGUAUCGUCUCUGUUGUGUAUAGAAAUAUUCCAGUCUAUGUCUUGCAAGGAGCACCUGAGUACGGUUCUUGAUAAGCUACUUCUUACAACUCAGUUUCCCUUUAAACUAAGUGAAAAAGUGUUACAGAUUCUGACCAGCAUCUUUUUGUAUUAUGAUUUCUCAAUUCAGAACUUUAUAAAAGGACUUCAGCUUUCUUUAUUAGAGCAUUUCUAUUCCCAGCCCCUCAGUGUUCUGUGCUGUAAUCUUCCGGAAGCCAAGAGAAGAAUAAAUUUUUUAUCAGAUAAUCAAUGUGAAAACAUCCGACGUCUUCCAUCAUUUAGGAGGUACGUGGAAAAGCAAGCUGCAGAAAAGCAAGUUGCACUAUUGACCAAUGGGAGAUUUUUGAAGGAGGAAACAGAAUCAUUACUAGAAAACUUGCAUGUGUACCAUACAAAUUAUUUUCUAGUUUUGAAAUGUCUUCAUCAGUUCACUUCUUCUCUUCCCAAGUACCCAUUGGGUCGACAGAUCAGAGAGCUGUACUGCACAUGUUUAGAAAAGAACAUAUGGGAUUCAGAGGAGUAUGUGUCGGCCUUGCAGCUGCUGAGAAUGUUGGCAAAGGAUGAACUGAUGACCAUACUUCAGGAAUGUUUCAGAGUUUUAAAGUCCUCUCCUGAAGAGCAGCUUGGCGGCACAGCAAAGAGGGUAGAGGAGCUCCUGGCCCAGUUUCGGAGCCUUGAUGAAGUCAGAGAGGAGGAAGAUGCUUCUGGGUCACAGUCCAGGGAGCUUCAGAAGACAGACCUGUAUCAUCUUCAGAAGUCCUUAUUGGAGAUGAAAGAGUUAAGAAGAACUGGUAAGAAGCUGACCAAGUUUGAAGUCCUGAGAGGAAAAGUUGUGAACUUCAUUGACAGUCUGGUGAGAGAAUACCUUCUGCCUCCAGAGACACAGCCUCUGCAUGAGGUGGUUUACUUCACGGCCGCCCACACCCUUCACGAGCACCUGAGUGCUGCUCCGCGGAUGGCCCUCCACACCGCACUCAACAACCCUUACUAUUAUCUCAAGAAUGAAGCACUGAAAAGUGAAGAAGGCUGCAUUCCAAAUAUCGCCCCAGAUAUCUGCAUAGCAUAUAAACUGCACCUCGAGUGCAGCAGGCUCAUCAACCUUGUGGACUGGUCCGAGGCUUUUGCAACAGUUGUAACAGCUGCUGAAAAAAUGGAUGCCAAUUCUAUAACCUCAGAAGAAAGGAAUGAAAUUAUCCAUGCUCGGUUUAUUAGAGCUGUUUCUGAACUAGAACUUCUAGGAUUUGUAAAACCUACCAAACGGAAGACUGACCACGUGGCAAGGCUAACAUGGGGAGGCUGCUAGAAAGCAAAUGAAUGAAGCCAGAAGGACCCCACUUAGCUUAAGAGAAAAGGGAGGCCAGUCAUAAAUAGAUACUACUAAAGGAAGACAAAUGUGUAAUCCCCAUGUGAUGUUUAACCAGAAAGUAGACUGUUAAUCCCAGACAGGAAUGUUUCAGAACACCUUUGGAGUCCUUUAGAAGCCAACAAAUAAGAUGCUUAUAUUGCAGCUAAAACCUCUCUCACAUUGUCACUGUAAUCUUCAUGUCAUUAAUAAACUGUUCUUGAACAUAGUAUAUAAAUGUAAUAAAUCUCUUUACUCAGGAUUAUAAA